CCACCACAAUUAACAACAUAGUAGUGCCCGGCUUCCCCCCUACUUCCCUCUCUAUACGUUCGGGCGAGAGCAUUCUGCUGCAGAACAACCAUCCUCCACCGACCAGCCAGCCUGACAGUAUAUAUAUAUAUAUUACACACGCACACACAGACACAUAUAUCUCUUCAUAUACACUCGAUCAACUUCAGUAUUUAGUGUUGUGGUGUAGUUUACUGCAGACAUUCUAAAGCAAACCUACCAUUCACCUCUCUUCACCAAACUAAUUCACAGUAAUUAAAGGAAGAAAAAGAAAAGAACUAACAAUGACUCGAUCUUUGAAGUUUUCGGCCAAACUCAGCGCCUCUGAUCCACAAACCACUCCCGUCCGCAUCAUUGGACAAAUCAGGAACUUGAACAAAAUUGUGUACGAUGAUGUCAAAAUGAAGUUGGAGCCUGUGGUUACUGCUGAAAUGUAUUCUACCGCUUUGGCCUCUUUGCGUCCAUCACCAACAGACUCGUGUCCUCUCUGGUUGAAUAUGGCAUCGAUAGCUGCUCUGCCAACUCAGUGCAGCCGUCACAACACUCCUUCUCGGGCCCAUGCACUCACCAAACUGGUGAAGAGCUCUUUAACUGGGCGUAAAGAAUUCAUUGUGAUGGUCUGUGAACGUCGAGAUGUGUUGGCGUCAGCUUGCGCUAUUGCACGUGCACUUCCUGAAUAUUCCUGCAAGGCAAGCUGUACAAACAGUGUUUCGCAGUCAGUUACUGUAGAAUUUAUCUUGGUUGGUAAUGAAUGUGAAACCCCUCUCGCUGCUAGUGAUUUGGAUUGCCUUCAAACAGUCACAUCUGGCAUUAGACUGGCUGCUAGACUUGUGGAUGCUCCCUGUUCUGAAAUGCAUACUGAUGCCUUUGUGGAUGAAAUUUCUAAAAUUGGUGCUGAAUUAAAUAUUACUCCUCUUAUAAUUCGUGGAAAUGAACUUGCUGAAAAAGGAUUUGGAGGUGUUUACAAUGUUGGCAAAGCUGCAUCUCAUCCACCUGCAUUGGUUGUUCUGAGCCAUAAACCAGAAAAGGCCACAUAUAAUAUAUGUUGGGUCGGUAAGGGAAUCGUCUACGACACUGGUGGUUUAUGUAUCAAAUCUAAGGCAACCAUGCUGGGAAUGAAACGGGAUUGUGGAGGAGCAGCUGCCAUUCUUGGUGCUUUUUAUUCAACUGUCAAGUUGGGCUUCACGGAAAACUUACAUGCCAUCUUCUGCCUAGCAGAAAAUGCCAUUAGUCCCGAUGCACUCCGUCCAGAUGAUAUCAUCAAUAUGUAUUCAGGGAGAACAGUUGAGGUCAACAACACGGAUGCAGAAGGCAGAUUGGUUCUUAGUGAUGGUGUGGCUUAUGCACAAAAAGACCUCAAAGCUGAUAUUGUGAUAGAUGUUGCUACUCUGACAGGGGCUCAGGGAGUGGCAACUGGUCGUUUCCAUGCAGGUAUAGUAACCAAUAAUGAAAACUGGGAAAACGCUUGUUUAAAAGCUGGCCGUGUCAGUGGUGAUCUUGUACACGCAAUGCCAUACACUCCGGAAUUGCAUUUUGUUGAAUUUUCUAGUGCUUUAGCUGACAUGAAAAAUUCUGUUGCUGAUCGAAGUAAUGCCCAGGUUUCAUGUGCUGGCCUUUUUAUAGCUUCAAGUUUAGGAUUUGAUUAUUCUGGUAUCUGGUUACAUAUAGAUAUGGCAUUCCCAGUCUAUUCUGGCGAACGUGCUACUGGCUACGGAGUUGCCCUUCUGGCAACACUGCUCGGAGAGGGUUCUUCAAAUUCCAUGUUGCAGUAUGUAGCCCCACCUUUAGUAGAGAACUCAAUGGAUAUUGAAGAGAACGAAGUAAAAAGAAUUCGCUUAGAAUGAAAGAGAAGCAAACCCGAACCAAAAGCGGACAAGCCCUGCCUCUCCUUUGCGUGGAUCUGUUCUAUGCCAUUUGCUUGUACCAAACCAGAAUUUGGGUAGCCAAGCCAAGACUUCCUGUUGCUACGGCUACCUGGCCUUUUUUCUCCUCCUUCAUAAACAACAACAACAACAAUUACAACAGCAAAAAUAAUUAUAGUUCAUCACAUAGCAAACCUGUAGACAUUUUAGUGUAUUAAUACGACUUUCACACACCCUCUCUUGCUCUCCCCCUUUCUCACACACAUUGUAUACACAUACUGCCUUCCUACCCCCCUACCCCUGCUACUUGUUUCUAUCACUCUCUCUCACUAACCCCUGUUCUUCUUGACCCCUUCCAACAGCUAUUUUCCCUCCCUCCCUUCAGUUCCUUUCUGUAUAUCUGUAUUUAAAAAUUAAUAAACAACGGAUUCUUGAAUAAGCUGAAUAAUGA